GCUAUAUCUUUGCACUCCAAUCAGAAUCAACUUCACUACCAACUACUACAUUGUGGGGUUUGAACCAAAUGCUACCAUGAAUACAGCCCAUCACAUGCUGCUGUAUGGUUGCACAAAGCCUGGGAGUAACAAACCUGUAUGGAAUUGUGGAGAAAUGGCCUCUACUUCAGAGCAAGAAUCAUAUGAGACCGCAUCUGUCUGUGAAUCUGGAUCCACGAUUCUGUAUGCCUGGGCCAGAGAUGCUCCUAAGCUUGAGUUACCGCAGGAUGUGGGCUUCAAGGUCGGAGGGCAUUCACCCAUUCAAUACCUUGUACUACAGGUGCACUAUGCUACCAUAGAUAAGUUUAAAGAUGGCAGUACAGAUGAUUCUGGGGUAUUUCUGUACUACACGGAACGGCCACAGUCUAAACUGGCUGGAGUCUACUUGUUGGGCACAGCAGGCAUGAUUCC